GGAGCUCCAAGUAUAAAACUCCAGCAGGCGCGCAAACCCACGCAGCGCGCGGACUAGAGGACUGCAUCACUGCUGCUCUCGUGCCGAUUACACGCAACAUCAUCAUCUUCUUCCAACAUGAGUGAGAGACAAGAAUCUGGAUCAACUGGAAACAUCAAGCCAUCAAGCGGACAAGAUCCACCCAAGAAGGACGUCCCUGCAGAAGACAUUGACAUCGACAUGGAAGCCCCUGAGACGGAGAAGGCUGCCUGCGCCAUCCAAUCGCAGUUCAGAAAGUUUCAGAAGAAGAAGCAGGCGGUGAAAUCAUAAUCACUGCCAUGCAGGGUGGCCCUGGGCACAAGUGGGCCCAACAUCACCAUUAGGGCAGGGAGAUGCAUGUCAAAUAAACUGCACUGUUCUCGGGCAGGGGUCUUGGUUAGGGGCGGGGGGUGGCGGAUAACAGGUGAACUGGGAAUACACCUUUUAUCUGUCGGGAAUAAAAUGUGAUCUUUGGUGAUUUGGCUCCCUUAGUUAGUACAUAGAUUUUUCGAUACAAUACUCUUUCCUCUUAAAAAUGAUUUUGUUGUUAUUUUUUGAUAUAUAUGAACAGAUGUAACAAUUAUCCCAGUAACAACGAAGUGUUUGAAAACAUCCAUCUGAAAGCUUUAAUCACUCCUGUGAUUCUACUUCAAGUGUUUAAUAGCAAAAAAAUGGAGGUGCUCAAAGUUCAUUGCAAAUGAGAAAAAAUGUUGCCCAAGGAAAACAUCCAGUAUGUCGUGUGAAACUCAGAUAAAGAUCAUUAAGAUACAAAAAGAUAUUUUUUACCUCUGUUGCAUUCCUGUAUAGACUAAAUGAUAUUGUGUUUGUGGUUUAUCAUUUUCAUUUUCCCCAAGUCUAUGUUUUUGUCAGCAAAGUGUGUAUUGUAAUAUUCCUGACACCAAACAGCCAGAAAAAGUAACUAUAUGUAAACCUAAUAAAUAUUGGGAUGAUCUACACAAA